GUGAAAUCGCAGUUGUAUGUGUUCAUCACAAAAUCUGUUGCGAUACACAGAUGAGAGGCAAACCGAACUAAGUCUGUUUUGAGGGAGCGUGUCAAUUUGCUACUUAGUCUAGGUUCCCAUCAUCAUACCCAUGCCGUCAAAUUUUGCAUCUAAUUUCAGUGUCCGCAAUUGGCGUUGCGAGCUCUGGUUGCGAAUUUGCUUUUGGUUUUUCUGAAUCUCUAGCUAGCCUCAUCUUUCUCCCAAAUUCGUUAGCUGAAUGAAAGCAUGCGCCGCCGCGAACAAUCUCGAACUCGAUAAAAUAAAAUAUAAGACAGCUGUGCUUUGUUUUGUCUAGAGUUUGUCGUAUGAUUGCAUGAUGGUUCUUGCAGCUGCACUGUCUAUAGUUCCUUUACAUGGACUUUCGUUCCUUCACCAUUUUACAUCGUUUUUGGUACAGCCACAUACAUGAGCAUCCAAGAUGUCGCGGCUUAUGCCCAUCAACAAAAUCGGCCUGAAUGGCAAGUACCAAAGGUUGCCGCCCACCAGCGUGAAAAACAACAUCGACUUGAAGAAGUCGAUGCAGCAUGGCGAGGGCACGGUGUAUCUGGCAGAUAAAGGAUUGUGGUAUAAUCACAAGACGCAGUUUUACUACGACCCAGUAAAGGAGCUGUGGCACGACCCGAAAUCCGGCCUUUGGAAUCAACCGGGAGAGCCAGAUUGGUUUCAGCUAGGUAAUUUGGUAACUCUGUUGUAAGAACUACUGUUUCGUCCCUUGUUUUUGCUGCGGUAGAAGGAAAAGUGUGAUGGUUGCCUAGUUGAUUAAGAAAAGUACAACUUGCGUUGGAGGUUGUUACCGUGCUAUGCUAGUUUUGCUUCGUCCCAAUCCCUAUGACAAUUGUGAUAGCCUCGGCUACUUUGCAGCCAAUGAAACAAGUCAAAAUGAUUGUAGUUGUUGUAAAUCUCUCCUCUACGUCCUACUCGCAGAUGCCAACGGCGACCCGCCACCAUUCGAGGAGCGCGAUCCCGUAGUAGAAACGAUUUACAUUGACGAAGAAGGAAACUUCGAAGAUGAGCAGGGUAAGCUAGUCUACAUCAACACCUACGGCUACUUCCAGCAUUUCAAUGGCAAUGUGAUAGAACAGUACAAGUUCGCUCCGCGUUAUCAUGCAGAGAGUCCGCGACAUCCACUGAAAGACGAGGUUCCGAUCGACUACAUCUUCUGCUUCAAGGACAAGCUGACAGGGGAGGUGAACUACACGACGGAAACGGGAGCGCCGGUAAAUGCGCUGGGUAGUGGCAAGUACGCCCUCGCCUUUGAUGGGAGUCCGAUCCUGAGGGCGGUGCUGAUAAAAAACACACUACCGGACUGCAUAAAGAACCCGGUAGCGGCACCGACUUUCUGGGACGAUGUGGAGAACAAGAAGAAAGACGACGAAGGCGAAGACGGCAGCAACGCAGAUUCCGUUCCUGCGUCAGGCGACGCGGAUAGCGCAGAUAAGAAGGCUAGCUUACCAGACGAUGCCGGUGGUAGCACAGCGAAGAGCGCAGCAGCAAGUAGUCCUGUCACUGGAGCUGCGCAGAGUCCGCAAGUUUCACCUGGCGCGAAAGCGAGUAGUCCAGGAUCACCGCAGUCGAGUGUGGAUCGACGGCGGGCGCCAGACAAGGCAUAUUCUCCAGAUGCAUACCGGGAGCAGGCUGAGCACGAGGAAGCACUGCAUAAGAAGCACUUGGAGACUCUUAAGGUGCCCAAAGUCGGGGCGUUGUCAUCUAAACAGCGGCCCAUUGCGCGCACCAAACUCGAUACGGUGCAGGAUAUUAUCAAACACAUGAAAAACGGCGACUUGACGAAAUACGUCGAAGAAGAUGAAGUAAGCGAAAUCUUUCGUCGCGCCAACAUUCCCCAGAAACGGUUACCUUUUCGGCGUCCGCCAGCGCAAAAACCCACGUUGAUUUACGACCACUCCCGCAAACAGGGCAGCAACACCACCGCCUCCAGGCCUGCGUGCAUGAAUUUCUAUCACGGCACCUGCAAACGUGGUGAUACGUGUUAUUGGCGACACGACGAGAACCCCGAUCGUCCCGGCAAACCCCAUCAGGAGAACAAGAUUUAUUUCGAGCUGCUCGACUGCCCGAAAAAGCACGGCGUCGUGUUCGUGAAGAUGUUUCCGAAGGCGGGCUACGUCUGCGACAUCUGCGGCAAAGCCAUUGAGCGCUACUCGAAUAUAUACCAGUGCAGGCACGACUUCUGCAACUUUGACUGUUGUCCUGCGUGUGCAAACGGCGCGCGCACGAUUCGCUGCAUCGGCCAGAGAGACAUGUGGGACGAAGCACAGAUUUGCAUGGAGGUUGACGCGGCGCAACAACAACAGGAUCUGCUUGCUGAGCAGGAACGAAAAGCUGCCGAAGAAGCCGAAGCAGAAAGAAUACGCAUAGAAAACAUGGUCCCAGAGGUAGACGAGUUCGCAGACUUACGAUUGUUUUGAUCAUGAUUGGCAUGAGGAUGCUAGUACAAACAUGAAGGUGAUUGAUUGCACGGACAAGUUGCACAGAAAAAUAGCAAAGGAUCGCGGAAUUAUCUCUACAAAUCCCACAGUUAGGGACUACACUUCAAUAGAACGCUGAAAACAAACAUGUACUCAUAGAUUUUGGUCAAUGAACUUCAGGGGCAAAUGUAAAAAAUAAGAUCAAACACUUUGGGAUUUUCAUUCAAUGUACAGAGUUUGUUGAAGGGAUCUUCGGGAAAAUAUCUCCAGGAAACUGUAUAGGUAUACUAAACUGGUUUGCGAUUUUUACGGAAAUUUUUUGCGAUUUUUUUCCUGGUCUCCAGGAAACGCAUAU